AGGAAGCCAAAACUACAGUACAGGCCCGCAAACGGGACGAUCUUGGAGCUCCAGUCGUAUGACCAUACAAGGUGUAUAUCGGAGCAGGACGACUUGGUUGAUAACGAGGACGUCAGCUUCCUUCACUACGCUAUAAAGCACUCAAAGAGGAUGUGUGUGGUCACCGGUGCCGGGAUAUCUGUUGCGUCUGGUAUUCCGGACUUCAGAUCUUCCAAUGGGUUGUUUCAAGGGCUGAAAUCCGCAACGUCUGCGGGCUCCAACGGUAAGGCCUUGUUCGACUCGAGCGUAUAUAACGAUGGUGAAUCCACGGCGAAGUUCCACGCCAUGGUCAACACGCUACACGAGAUGACGUCGAUGUCCAAGCCAACGGAAUUCCACAGAAUGAUGGACCACGUAUCUGAAGAUGGCCGCUUGCUGAGACACUACACACAGAACAUCGACUGUUUGGAGAAUCAACUAGAGCACCUCAAAACAACGGUCCCCGUGAAGUCGAAACCACCAUACCCACCAACCAUCCAGCUCCAUGGAACGAUACGGCACAUGUACUGUGCCAAAUGCCGUUGGAACUCAGAGUUGGAGCCCCAGUUGUUCCAAGGCUCUGAGCCACCAGCUUGCCCCGAAUGCCUUGAAUUGGACGACAUCAGAAGGGUAAAUGGUAAGAGAUCCACGGGUGUUGGAUGCCUACGUCCUAGAAUUGUCCUAUACAAUGAAUUCCACCCAGACGGUGAGAACAUCGGGAAUAUCUCACAUUCAGACCUACGGUCUAAACCCGACUGCCUAAUCAUAGCUGGAACGUCGUUGAAGAUUCCUGGCGUGAGAAGGUUGUGUAAGGAAUUGGCAAAGGCUGUUCAUGCCUCCAACGGUUGUGUUAUAUGGAUAAACAGAGAUCAACCUUCAGUGAGUGUCGUCGACUACCUCGAAUUUAUUGACCUAAUCGUUAUGGGAGACUGUGAAAAUGUUCCAAAGGUUGUU